CAGAUGCCUAUUUUGUCUAUGAAUGGAGAUUUUAUCAUUGGAGGGAUUUUCACCAUUCAUUACUACACCAAUGCAGAACAGGACACCUAUACCAGGCUGCCACCAAAGCUACAGUGCACUGGGAGCAUGGACUUCAGGGAGUUGCGCUUUGCCCGAGCCAUGGAAUUUACAAUCCGCGAGAUCAACAACAGAACCGACCUCCUACCGGGUAUCACGUUAGGCUACCAGAUAUACGACUCGUGCUCAGCUGUGCAGAUGGCAAUCAAAGUUGCAUUUCAAUUUGCCAACGGCGUGGGACCCGUUUUCAAUUACACGAAUUGCAGUUCAGAAUCUGCAGUUGCUACUGUACCUGCGAUCGUAGGAGAUUCUGCUUCCACGCCGUCAAUUAGCAUGGCCAGAAUGCUCGGUCUUUUUGGAAUUCCACAGGUGAGUCACUAUGCAACCUGCGCGUGUCUGAGCGAUAAGAGUCAGUUUCCUGCCUUCUUUAGGACGGUACCUAGUGACCACCACCAAGCGGCCGCAUUGGCGAGAAUGGUGAAGUAUUUUGGCUGGACAUGGAUUGGAGCAGUGCGCAGCGACUCAGACUACGGAAACUAUGGAAUGGCAUCGUUCCUAAAGGCUGCGCAGGAGGAGGGGAUCUGUGUGGAGUACUCCGAGGCCUACUACAGGACACAACCGCGCAGUAAACUGGAGAGAGUGGCUGAUGUCAUCCGCAGAUCAACGUCCCGGGUAAUAGUAGCUUUUGUUAACAUAGCCGAAAUGAGGUUUCUUUUGGAGGAACUGACACGAAAAGCAGCUCCUCCGCUUCAGUGGAUAGGCAGCGAGGCGUGGAUCACACAUCCAGAGUUUCUUCGGUUUAACAUGUGUGCUGGCGCGUUAGGUUUUGGUGUCCCUCGAUCAGUUAUCCCAGGUCUUCGGGGGUUUCUUUUAGACCUCUCUCCAGCUCAAGCCGCGAAAUCACCCAUAUUAACGGAAUUUUGGGAGAGCUCAUUCAGUUGUAGCCUAAAAGGGCGGAAAGGUUCAGAGUUCCUGCGAGAAUGUGACGGCAGUGAGGACAUCCGCGCGCUAAAGAACCCAUACACAGACACGUCUCAGCUGCGCAUCACUAACAUGGUGUAUAAAGCUACACAUGCCAUAGCGCAUGCAAUACAUGGUGUUAUUUGUAAUGAGACGAAAUGCGACAAAAACAUGAAGUUCGCUCAAUGGCAGAUACUCGAGCAGCUCAAGAGAGUUAAUUUCACUACAAAUAAUGGCUAUCAGGUCAACUUUGAUUCCAGUGGAGAUCCUGCAGCUCUCUAUGAGCUCAUAAACUGGCAGUUUAAGAAAGAUGGUGCUUUAGACUUUGUAUCAGUGGGCUACUAUGACUCAUCCAAACCGAGAGGACAGGAGUUCAGAAUGAGCAGUGCUAUCAGCUGGGUGGGUGGACAGACAGAGGUGAUAGUAUCUGUAUGCAGUGAGAGCUGUUCUCCAGGCACCAGGAAGGCAGUACAGAAGGGAAGGCCUGUCUGCUGCUUUGACUGUAUAUCAUGUGCUGAAGGAGAGAUCAGUAAUAUGACAGAUUCUCUGGACUGUGUGCACUGCCUUCCUGAAUUCUGGCCCAAUGGCAAACAAGACAGCUGCCUCCCCAAGCCUGUUGAAUUCCUGUCCUGGGAUGACACUUUGGGCAUUAUCCUGACAGUGUUCUCUGUUGCUGGAACCUUUGUGGCUGUAUGUGUAGCUUCCAUCUUCUACAGAAACAGGGCAUCUCCUAUAGUCCGGGCCAACAACUCAGAGCUGAGCUUCCUGCUGCUCUUCUCUCUGACUCUGUGUUUCCUCUGUUCACUUACUUUUAUUGGUCGGCCCUCUGAGUGGUCCUGUAUGCUGCGUCACACAGCGUUUGGGAUCACCUUUGUCCUCUGCAUCUCCUGUGUUCUGGGGAAAACAAUAGUGGUGUUAAUGGCCUUCAGGGCUACACUUCCAGGAAGUAAUGUCAUGAAAUGGUUUGGGCCUCCACAGCAGAGACUCAGUGUUCUUUCCUUUACUCUUGUACAGAUCCUAAUUUGUGUCAUUUGGUUAAAAAUAUCACCUCCUUUCCCCUUUAAAAAUUUAAAGCACUACAAGGAAAAAAUCAUCUUGGAAUGUAGCAUAGGUUCAGCCAUAGGUUUCUGGGCUGUGCUGAGUUAUAUAGGAUUUCUGGCUCUUUUAUGUUUCAUUUUGGCUUUUUUAGCACGGAAGCUGCCUGAUAACUUUAAUGAAGCUAAAUUCAUCACAUUCAGCAUGCUCAUAUUCUGUGUAGUUUGGAUCACCUUUAUUCCAGCUUAUGUCAGCUCUCCUGGAAAAUUCACUGUGGCUGUUGAGAUAUUUGCUAUUCUGGCCUCAAGCUUCGGUUUGAUUAUUUGUAUUUUUGCUCCCAAAUGUUUCAUAAUAGUGUUUAGGCCCGAGCAGAAUACUAAGAAACACCUUAUGGGUAAAAUGCCCUCUAAGGCCCUUUGAGACUCUGACAGAAAAACAAUAAAAAGGUUCAUCACCAUAUAUAAACUUUACAGGUUAUGUUUAGGUUUAUUUUUUAGCC